CAGAGAUCAACUGUGCCUUUUGGGUUUCAAUAUCAGUUUUGCGAAUCACCCAUAGGAAUCUGGAGUUGAAUUUCUCUAUUGAGGAUUUCAAUAGGAUGUUAAACCCAUAUGGUUUUUAUUUCGAAUUGAAGGCAUCAUUUUUUGUUCUUUUGAAUUGCAUUGACUCUGACUUUUUAUUUCUCCAAUUGGUAUGUCCCUUCAAAUUCUUGCAAACAACUCACUUUUACGGAGUACGCAAAAGAUUUUUAAUAUCGUUUCAUUUUUUUCAAAUACCAACGAAGCAAAGCGACAACAAGGAAAAACUCCUUUUGACUUUCCAAUGGCUUCGCUACCUAGCUAUUACAUUCAGUUAAUACAGAUUUUGUUCAAAUUGACGCAUCAUCUUUCAUUUUUGAGUUCCAACGUCAGAAUAGCUUCGCAAAUUUGAUUCAUCCAUUGGCAUUGCACAAACUCAUUUGCUUGGACAUUUGGGCAGCAUAUUCUUUCCCGUUCCACUACUCUCGCAAGUUGUAUGCCUGAUUUUUUGUUAUCAUGCAUAAUAUCAACAUUUCAGAACAAUUCUUUUGUACUAGAUUCCAAUUCAAGGCCCCCUAAUCAUCAACAUUAAGGCUAAAAAAUUCUCUUCUUUAGAAAAGGCUCAACCUGUGGGCUUCCUUGGAGGUCUUGUAACAAACGAGCCAACAAACUAGUGGGAGCAGCAGCAAGAAGCCAAGAACAUGGCUUGCAAGGUGAGAGGGGACAUGGGCAAGCUCAUCCCGGUGAUCUCCUUCUUCCUCGGCGCGGCGCUGACGGCGGCGUUCGUCAUUGCUACUAUGGAUAUCAACUGGAGGCUCUCCGCCCUGGCCUCCUGGAACAACAAUGAUUCUCCACCGGCCGUCACCGACGAGAUGAAAGCAUUGUCAGAAUUGACCGAGGUGCUGAGGAACGCGUCGAUGGACGACAGGACGGUGAUCAUGACGUCGAUCAACCGGGCGUACGCGGCGCCGGGGUCGCUGCUGGACCUCUUCCUGGAGAGCUUCCGGCUCGGCGAGGGCACGGAGCCGCUGCUGAAGCACGUCCUCAUCGUGGCCAUGGACCCCGCGGCGCUCGCCCGGUGCCGCCAGGUGCACCCGCACUGCUACCUCCUCCGGCGGCCGGAGGGCGCCGUGGACUACAGCGACGAGAAGCGCUUCAUGAGCAAGGACUACCUCGACAUGAUGUGGGGGCGCAACCUCUUCCAGCAGACCAUCCUCCAGCUCGGCUUCAACUUCCUCUUCACGGACAUUGACAUCAUGUGGUUCCGGAACCCGCUGCGGCACAUCGCGAUCACGUCGGACAUCGCGGUGGCCAACGACUACUACAACGGCGACCCGGAGAGCCUCCGGAACAGGCCCAACGGCGGCUUCCUGUACGUGCGCGCGGCGAGGCGGACGGUGGACUUCUACCGGCGGUGGCGCGACGCGCGGCGGCGCUUCCCGCCGGGGACCAACGAGCAGCACGUCCUGGAGCGGGCGCAGGCGGAGCUCAGCCGCCGCGCCGACGUCCGGAUGCAGUUCCUCGACACGGCGCACUGCGGCGGCUUCUGCCAGCUCAGCCGCGACAUGGCCAGGGUCUGCACGCUCCACGCCAACUGCUGCACCGGCCUCGCCAACAAGGUGCACGACCUCGCCGCCGUCCUCCGCGACUGGAGGAACUACACGGCGGCACCGCCGGCGGCGAGGCGCCGGGGAGGCUUCGGAUGGACCACGCCGGGCAAGUGCAUCCGCUGACACCUCCAGCAGCUGCUUGCUACUAGCUUAAUUUUAAGCUUUUAGCCUAGCUAGCUAGCUGCUGCUACCACUGUUUAUUACUACCUCCGUUUCAGAUUAUAAAAUUUUAUAGCAUUGUUCAUAUUUAUAUAGAUGUUAAUGAAUCUAUGCACAUAUAUCUAGAUUCAUUAAUAUCUAUAUAAAUGUAGACAAUGCUAGAAAGUUUUAUGAUAUAAAACAGAUAAAGUAGUUAUUACUGUGAUUGUUUUACGUACUGGUCAAGAGUAGUCAGUGCGUGUGUACAUUUUCUUGUUUCCCUCUUGUUGGGAUCUAAGUGGGACUGAUUGAUAUCAGGAGCAUUGUAAAAGUGUUCUUUUUAUCAUAACAUAUAAUACAAAUUCACCUUUUUCCCCCCUUUUG